CAUAACUAGGUUAGCUUAGCAUAUAGCUGGUCUUCGUCAGUGAAUGGGUGUUAUAAGGAGCAAGGAAAACCAGCUAACUGCAGUUUUAAAAAACAUAUUUAAGGGCGAAUAACAUGUACGCCACAGUCUGAAUAAUGUUUUAGCGUGUGGUGGUACUUAUAACUAGUUUAUUCGAUUGAUCUAGCUAGGUUAGCUAACUUGGUCUGAGUGGUUUUCCAGCGUCGACGUUUAAAUUGGUGAAUGCGGUGGAAGGUUUCUCACUUCAUAUAAAACCAGCCACACCAUCUAAACACCAUGCCAUUCCCCUUUGGGAAGUCUCAGAAGAACCCAGCAGAGAUUGUAAAGAACCUCAAGGAGAAUGUGGCAUGCUUGGAGAAACUGGAGGCAUCUGACAACAAGAAAUGUGAAAAGGUUGCAGAGGAGGUGUCAAAGAAUCUAGCAUCGCUGAAAGAAGUCCUGUGUGGCACCGGCGACAAAGAACCUCAAACGGAAGCAGUGGCCCAGCUGGCCCAGGAGCUGUACAAUACCAACCUCCUCAUUACUCUCAUAGCCAACCUGCAAAGGAUUGACUUUGAGGGAAAGAAGGAUGUGGUGCAGUUGUUCAGCAACAUAGUUCGUCGUCAGAUUGGCACCCGCACUCCCACUGUUGAGUACAUUUCCUCCCACUCCCAGAUCCUCUUCAUGCUGCUAAAAGGUUAUGAGACUGCAGAUGUGGCUCUGAACUGUGGCAUGAUGCUGAGAGAGUGCCUCCGUCAUGAACCCUUGGCCCGAACCGUCUUGUUCUCUGAGGACUUCUACUGCUUUUUCCGUUAUGUGGAACUGUCUACCUUUGACAUUGCCUCAGAUGCCUUUGCUUCAUUUAAGGAUCUUCUAACAAGACACAAGAUCAUGUGUGCGGAUUUCUUAGAGACAAAUUAUGACAGAGUGUUUACAGAGUAUGAAAAGCUGCUGCAUUCUGAUAAUUACGUCACCAAACGUCAGUCCCUGAAGCUGUUGGGGGAACUCCUGCUGGACCGACACAACUUCACCGUCAUGACCAAGUACAUCAGUCGAGCUGAAAACCUAAAGCUGAUGAUGAACCUGUUGAGGGACAACAGCCGUAACAUCCAGUUUGAAGCCUUCCACGUUUUUAAGGUGUUUGUGGCAAACCCGAAUAAGACGCAGCCCGUGCUGGACAUCCUCCUGAAAAACCAGUCAAAGCUGGUGGACUUCCUGAGCCACUUCCAGACCGACCGCUCAGAGGAUGAGCAGUUCUGCGACGAAAAGAACUAUCUCAUGAAGCAGAUACGCGACCUCAAGAGGCCCGCCCCGCCGGAAGAGGUGUGAGGCGGGAGAAAGAGGGGGAUGGAGUGUGUGUCAGAGCAGAGGUGUGCUUCAUGUGAAUGAGGGAGGGGAGUGAAGGGAAUGACGAAGAAAGGCCGGUCUCGCUGAGACUCCGGUUCUUUGCAUCUGACCGCUGAAAUGGGUAAUGAAAUGUUGUAGUUAAUGUGUCUUUCCCUUUGAUUGGGGACAAUGGGGAUUUUUCUUGUUAGAAAGGCAAGUAGGAUGCAAAGCUUCCUCCCCAAGAGAAAACAUUAGAAGUAUACAUGGGUUGUUUUGAGACCAUUGACUGUCUGUGCGACUUCUAUCUGUGACCAUUUGAUUUAACCUUAGUAAGAUUUGUGGUAGUUAUUGGUAGUGGCAUAGGAAAAAAAAUUCCUUUGGGUUUCUAAAGGUGGUUUUCACCUUUAUUAAAGCAAGGAACAAUUUGUUAGAUGAUUUAUGCCUUUUUUGGUCAGCAUGAACUUUUUCAAAUCUUGGAUAGGCCUGUGAUGCCUACAAACAUAGAAAGCAAAGGUUUCCAAAGAUCUGGAAGCAAACGUAUCUCAAAGUUAUGUCAUAACUUUAGAAAAUGAAAUAUUCACUUUUUAAGCCAGCACUGUAGUACACCGUAAACCAAAGCCCAUUCUCUCCAAAUGGUAACUGUAUGUUUCAUAAUCAAAACUUGGUGUUUUAAAAAUGACAUGCAGAAGAGAAUUUCCAGCAAGACUGCCAAAUUAUCUAGGACUAACAUGCUUUACUUGUGUCUGAGAGUCUGAGACACCAGUUUCACUUUGAGGUCACGUAUCUGUCUCUUUUCUGGCAUUGUACUCAAUUUUUAUGCUGACUGACUGCAUUAUUUAAAUACCUUGAUGGUUUGUUCCUGGUUUCUUAUUGAUACUUUCGCAUAUUCUGACUUCUCUUUGGUUAGCCCAUUAUUUUUAAUGUUUGGGGGAACUCUUUUAAAAACACACACACACAUAUCUAAUAUAUUUAUUAGCUGUGCAACUAAUUCCAGGUUUGUAGACUUCACUGAUUUAGAAAUACAUGGUACGCAUAGAACAUUAAUUGAUCAUUCUCUACUCCCACUGUAAUACUGUAAGAAUGAUGAGGUCAGAAUGCAGAUUUUGAUGCUCUGUAGAUGCUACCUUUUAUUGCGCCUUAAAUGAGAACAUAUACGGGCGAUGAAGCCAUUAACUGAUAGUUAUGACAGGAGAGACCAUUUGAAUACCAUUUUUCAUGUUAUCUGCACUGUCAAACUUGAAUGAGCCAAAACUGUGGUAACACUUGUUCGAUCGCAUGUCUGGUUUGCAUUUGUCUGCACCUCUUGGUGGCUAAAAAGUCUUUUUGAAUGAAAAUGCAGAACAGGAUUCUACUGAAAAACCUGUAUAGAGUUAGCUAGUUUACCCUUACGCUGAACGUAUGUAUUCUUUGCACAAAUUCUUCUCUCAUAUACCUCAUAGGAUUUGAGUUGCUUAAGUGCUGUGUAUUUUUUUUUUUUCUUUAUCCAAGCAAGUUGUCGUCAUAUUACUGUGGUUAUAGGGUAGUAGUCUAACUUAUGCAAACAAAUGUAAGACCUUAUAACAACAGGAGUUGCGGCCUUCAAUCGCUGAACAGGAUAUGCAAGGGAAAACCUGAACUGUUAUGUUGGCGCAUCUGGUAUGCAACUUGUGAAACCCCUCUGUAUGAAUGUGCCAGUUUGAUCCUCUAGGUUUCAAACAAGAGGUUCAAAAAGUCAGUGAGUCACGUGUAGUAUAAUGAAGCAGAAGCAAGCAGAUAUAAAUGAGUGAGGACACAGUAUUUAACAACUAUUUCUGAUAUGUAUUGAAUGAGAACUCGGGUGUUGUACAUACAAAUGUGAUAACUUCAUACAGAAAUGUCAGGUUUUGAAACAGGUAUGAGUACAAUAUGCAUAAAAUGCCUUCUGUUGCCUUCAAAAAAUAUAUCCAAGUAUGACAGUGAACAUCUGGCAUACUUUAAAUUCCAGAUGGUCUAGAAAGACAUGCUUCUUUAUGACAAUAUGUCCCAAAUAUCUGUCAGAUCUUAACAUUUUAAACUAAGUUAAAAGCAGGGUCAGUGAUGGAAAGGUGGAUUUAUUUCUUCAAUUGUACAAUUUCCUCAGAAGGUGGUGAUUUGUUUUAAAAAGUUCCAGCCUUCAAUAAGUGAUGUGUUGCUGUGGAUGAAAGUGGUUAGAAAUAACAUGACAAAUUCUAAGUUAUUGCCUGGGUGGUCUUCAGGGUUGGUCUGAAAAUGUAUGCUUUGCUCAGUUAUUAUUAUUAUUAUUAUUAUUUUAAUUAUUAUUGUUACUUUUUCUUUAUUUUUCCUGUUUUCUGUUGUAUUUUCCGCCAUGGGAGAGGAAUAUAUAUGUACAUGAGUUUUAUUUUAAGAAAAUAAAAAUUCCAAUAUAACUGCA